AUGGCUGUGGACGUGCAGCAGGUCGAGGCCCCUGAUGUCACCCCCACCGCUGCUGUGCUGGAGACCACGCUGCCUGAGACUACGGAGACGGCAGAGCCUGCGACCACGGAAGGUUCCGGAGAUGAUGAGGAGCGUGAAGAGUGUCGGGAGGAAGCUGAGGAUCUGACAGCAGCACACACACACCUGGACACCACUGAGGAUCUGACAGAAGCACACACACACCUGGACACCACUGAGGAUCUGACUGACGCACACACACACCUGGACACCACGGAGAGAAGCCUGCUGCCUGACGUCUCUUCCUCCAGCUGGACUAAGCUGUAUGUGCAGUGUGUAGAUGCUCAUGAGGAGUGUGUGGACGACCUUGAGCAGUCCGUGGAUGACCUUGAACAGUCCGUGGAUGACCUUGAGCAAUGCGUGGACGACCCUGCAGGUCAAUCUAGUCCAACACAGGAAGCCGAGAGCGCCCCCUCUGGAGAGAAGAGGAACAGUCUGGUCAGUGACAUGAGCCCGACAGCUGUCAGUCAAGUGGACGCUCUGACCAGAUACCAGCCUGCUGCAGCUGCUCGUGCCAUCAAGGCCACGUUAGACCCCUCCCACAGCGCCCCCCUGAGGAGGAGAGCAGAGAGCGCAGCUGACAGCGACAACGACAUCUCCGCUCCCCCCGAGGUGGUGCUCAGAGCGAGAGCGGCCCCUGCAGGUCAGGAAGGUCAAAUGCUUAUGGACAACGAGAGACGUCGACCAAAUUCUGGGUCUUUUUCGAUAUCUUCAGCUAGACGCCGCUCCAAAGUGGUCGAUAGAGGGGAAUGGAUACCCAAUCAGGAGGAGGUGACGAGGCCCGUAGAACCAGCAACUAGAGCUCCAUUAGAACCAACUAGAGCUCCAUUAGAACCAACUAGAGCUCCAUUAGAACCAGCUAGAGCUCCAUUAGAACCAACUAGAGCUCCAUUAGAACCAACUAGAGCUCCAUUAGAACCAGCUAGAGCUCCAUUAAACAACAAAGAAAUCCCGGAGAAGCAGAGAGGGCCACUAGAGGAGAGAGCCAGAGAAGGCGCUCAGAGACACCCGUGGGCUCCAGAGAAGAGAGGCAGUCUGAGGAGAGAGGUGGUGCCCAGCGCUGCGGACGCUAGGACCGAGGAGGACAAGACGGACGAGCGCUCCAGAGAGCCCGACGAGGUCGGGUGCCAGAGAAGGGCCGAGACGGCGGAGGAGAAGAGGAGCGCGUUCGGGGUGACCCUGCGCACCACCUCCCUGUCCCUCAAGUACCGCUCGGACACCGCCCAGCCCGACGCCAAACUCAAGCGGCACAGCCUGGAGGCCAGCUACAUGAGGGCCAUCUCCGAAGACCUGAGCGGUCAGCACACGGGAAGCCUUCAGUCCUCUAGAGACACGGCCAGCUCAACUGCGAGAGUGGACGCUCCAAACAGGCCCUUUGGGCUCAGGAAGAACCCGUCCCUGAGCUCCGACUCUGGCCCAACUGAUAGUCCUGCAGAAGACCUUAAAAGGAAAGACUCGGCUUCCACGACCAGACUGUGGGAUCGAGGCUCCAGAUCGUCUCUGAGUUCCACUGAGGGUGUGGCCACAGGUGCCGCCCUACAGAAGACCACCUCCACACCAGCACCACCUAAGCUGCCAGCCAGGCCGUCUACCCUGCCACCCGCGCCCGCGCCCAGCUCCAGAGUGGUGCCCGGCAGGCCCCUGGGCUCCUUGGGGACGGAGAGGUCGGCAGUGGACAGGAGGUGUGAUCGGGCAAACACGGACGAUAAAAGAGCCUCUCUGAGCCGGACGACUGACGGAGCCGCGUGUGGAGACUCCCAGACCAAGAGCAACUCCAAACCAGCAGGAGGUCCUGACGGUUCGGGGUCACAGUCGUCAUCGUCGUCGUCACCGCCACUACAGCAGUCCGCCCGGGGUCAGCCAUCUUGGAUGGAGCUCGCCAAGAGGAAGUCUUUAGCGUGGAAUGACCCGACUGACCGCAGACGCUCACAACUAUGAAGACCAACUGCCGGCACCCUGAGCAGACUGCUCUGUGACUGGACCUGUAGUUCCUUUAGGCAUAA